AUGUUCGGAGAGGACGUGUCCGAGAGCCCGCGCGGGCCUUCGCCUUGGGACAAAUAUGCUGUUCUCUCCUCCUCGCCUGGUGUCGAGCAGCAGAUAGCAUACUCUCCCGACGUGACUCGCAUGCCAAAGCUCUCCGCGGAGAUUGAGGAGGGAAACGUGGAGUACAAACUACACCUACUGCACCCUUCCUCGGCUCGCUUCAACAGACUUGUCACGCAGCUUAAAUGGCGUCUACUCGAGGGCGGGGGAUGCGCACUCUACGAACUAGGUGUCGCCGAUGACGGAGCCCUGGUCGGGCUCCCGCCGCCGGAUGCCGCAUCCUCAUUCUCCACGCUACAAGCCAUGGCCGCAGAGAUUGGCGCUUCGGCUAGAAUCAUACGUCACAUUGAGCUCGUCGGUGCUAGGAAACGCGCGGAGGAUGCGCGAGAGCUCGCUCACCGUCGUCGAGACCGCGAGAGGGACCGGCCCAAGGCCAAGACGCUUGCGCGACAGAAGUGGCUGGCCAAGAAAGCUGCCGCAGAUGCCUCUGUACGCCCAUCUAUGCUUGACGAUGAAGAGGCCCCAGCACUCGUAGAGGACCGUUCGCCGUCUGCUUCACCUUCGCCUCCGACGUAUACGCCUCACGACCCGCCCGCGCUGUCCGACUUCGACGAGGGCCUUGCGCUUUUCACCAUGGAUGCGGAGCUUGAUGCUGGACUUGUUGAUUUUGCUGUGCCUCCGCUGAAGAUGAAACAGCCAAAGUCAACGCGCCGACCUCUGCCCGCGCCGCCCGUGGUCCUGCCGGUGUCUCUGGCGCCGUCUCUGGCGCCGACUGUGAUUACAAGCACAAUCACACUGCCCGCAUCGCCUGUACCAAUACCUGGCGCAGGACUUACGAAGGCUGAGAAGCGCCGCAUCUCGCGUGACGCAAGGAGAGCCGAGCGCCGUCGCGCCCUUGCUGUGCCUGUACCCGGGCUGGACCGCGAAGCUUCAGCGCCCACCAGCGAGGACUCCGACUCGCUACUUCCUGCUUCAAUGGAAGACGCGUUGGCUGUGUCCAUGUCCCCGAUGGAGAUACUCGGUGUAUCGGUGUCGCCGGCAGACGCCACAGGCGUGUCAGUGUCCGCUUCCCCGGCUGAUGCACUCCUGGACGAUCUGGCCGCCCUGUCAGUCAGCGCUAACGACUCCGAGUUUGAACUGUCAACGCGCAUCAUCGUCGAAGUGCUGGUGACGCGGCUCGCGGACCAAGAUGAUGACGACGGCGCGUUCUUGGACUUCGAGCACAUAUAG